CAUACUUACACUUACAUACAAUACGUACAAUCAAUCGCACCAGUGCCGAAAACUUCGAUUAGCUGGAUGCGCUCCCUGAUCUCUUACAAAUUAACUGCGACAUCUUCGUAAAAGCGUACCGAUGUGGUUCAAAAACCCUUGGGUCCUGAUCUUCGCGGUCGACGCUGUGAGGGGCGCGUCAUACUCUUCCAAUACCAGCGUUCAACUCACAGUGCAGACAUUGACAGGAUCCUUUACGGGCUUCAUCGAACCCGAGUUCCCUAACACGCGUCAAUUUCGCGCGAUCCCCUUCGCAGAGCCGCCAACAGGCCCACGCCGCUGGUUGCCACCUCAAAAACUCUCCACGUUGCCCACGGAUCACCGCUGGUCCACCAAAUUUCCGCCAUCAUGCCCACAAUACUUUCCUGCAAAGCCAGACUUUUGGAAUUCGGAGCUCACUCGUGGCAAUCUUGUCUAUAAUGGUGGCCAGAACGAUUCAUCCGGCCUGGCUGGAGAGGCGACAUCAGAGGACUGUUUGCAUCUUGCCAUCUGGGCUCCAAGUCACAUUCCAAACGAAGGCCUCCCUGUAUUCUUCUUCAUGACCGGCGGCGGUUUCAGCCUUGGAGGUGUCGAGCUUCCUUGGCAGAUCCCAAGCUCGUGGGUAGAACGGUCCAAGUCGCACAUCGUGGUGAGCAUCAACUAUCGUCUCAACAUCUUUGGCUUUCCCAGCGCCCAGGGCUUGAAGGACGGAGAACAGAACCUCGGUAUUCUAGACCAGAGAGCCGCUCUCGAAUGGGUCCGUGACAACAUUGCUGCGUUCGGCGGCAAUCCCGAACGGAUCAUGCACUGGGGUCGUUCUGCUGGUGGCAUUGCUGCUGAUAUACACGCCUACGCCUACCAUGAUGAUCCCAUCGCCGAGUCAUACUACUUCGAGUCUGGAACAAUUUUCAGCUCUGAUGCGGCGGAGGGCGAUAGAUUUGCGAUAUUCAGUUCUGUGGCGGGCAACGUCGGGUGCGGACAGCCGUGUGGUGCUAGCUGCAAAGACGAAGAUGAACAGGCGGCGGCUGAGUUAGACUGCAUGCGCCAGGUCUCGCAGAUUCAAAUCACCAAUUUUGUCGGGCAGCACAAUGAGGCUGUGACGACAGACCGUCAGCUUCGUUUCGGUCCAUUGCCGGACAACAAGACUGUAUGGAGUACGAGUGGUUACAGGAGGCUCUCCGAAGAGGGAAAGAUUGCCCGCCGACCGACUCUGAUUUCUUUCACCUCAAACGAGGGCUCGUCGCUGCUUCCAUUGCCAGAAGACGCGGCAUCUGCAGGUAUCAACCAGACCAUGGUUGAUGGCUUCAAUAUCGGCUUCGCCGCCUGCGCCGCGCUCAACUCAACAGCUUACCGUAACCGUGUCAACCCAGAUGUGCCUGUUUUCCGUUUCCAGUAUGCGGCGGAAUUUCCCAAUCUCAAUGUCUACGACUGGCUAGGCGCGUACCACAACAGUGAGACGCCGCUCAUCUUCGGAGCGUACGAUUUGAUGAAGCACAUCGCCAAUACAACAGAUUAUCAGAUCGAGAUCAGCCAUUCGAUGCAGGAUCACAUUCUAGCUUUUGCUAGAGAUCCGUACCAAGGCCCGCAACAGGCUUUUGACUGGCACCCAACAAAGAUCAACGACACGAGCUUGGGAACUCUCAUCCGUUUUGGGGGAUCCAACGGCGAUGUAGUCAAGCGUGUAGAUAAUGCUGACGUUGAUGGCGCGUGUCUUGAUGCGACUAAGCAAAAUUCUUUCCCCUCGUGA